UUGGGAUGAGCGUGGUUUGGCUGUGCUGCAGGUGACGGGCGGGCUGCUGCCUGUGCCCUGCAUAGCCUUAUCAGUGCUGGGAGUUAAUGUGUAACCUGCCCGUGUUUGGUUAGCACAGAAAAGCAAAGACGUGCUGGGAUAGACGUGACCAGGACGAGGAUUUGGGCAGCGGGGGACGUCGGACAUCCUGGAGCAGCCUAAGAGAGCGCACAUUUGCACGCAGCAGCCCUGCAGCCUAACACAUCUCCUCUCUCCUGCUCCAGCCGUGCUGUCCCAGCCCGCACCACAGCCCGUGACAUGCCUGGAAAGGACCUGGGGCUGGGCAUGGCUGCCUGCAACUCAGACAGCUGUGACAGCAUGGUCAGCACAGCCUCCAACCACUCGCAGCGGAGUGAUAACAGCUAUGACUAUUUAUCUGUGGAAGAGAAGGAGUGCUUGAUGUUCUUAGAAGAAACCAUUGGCUCAUUGGAUGCAGAAGCAGAUAGUGGGGUUUCAACUGAUGAGACUGACUAUGCAGAGGCCUCCCAGCUGCCCAGGGCAUGGCUGAAGAGAGACUCUGCUCCCCAGGAUUUGGAGAAGAGGGAUCCUCCUGAAAGGUCAGCUCAGCAGCAUGCAGCCGACCAGAAGGGCACCGAGGGCUCCUCUAGCUUCCCAAGCUCAGCUCCAGCAAUGGCACCAAGCCCAGGCUACCACAGCCUUCCUAGGAACAUCACUGCAGCAAAUGCACAAAGAGCAAACAGAGCUGAUGGCAAAACAGAUGUGCACACCAUGCAGGACCUGGUGCCAAUGGGUAAAUCUCCACAGGAGAUGGGCAAGGAGGGCAGGCUUGGCCAAGGUAACGUGAGAAGAGAGGUGAGAUCCCUGAUCAUCCCACCUCCAGCUCCCUUCCAGGACAACCAGGAGAGCCAUACAGAGCAGUCACGAAGCAAUGGCUCAGAUGCCGGAAAAGACAACAUAGAGGAGAGUUGGACACGGCCCCGUCCAGCCCUGGGAAUGGCUGCUGACCCCGAUCCCACAUCACUGCCACACCAAGAGAUGGGCCAGGAGAGCGCAGCGCUUCCUCAGAGCCAAGCGGAGCACCCAGCAGCACAGGAGGUCCCGCAGGACCCCGAAACCAAGCGUGGGCCUCCCACAGCCCCCAAACCACGAAAACUGCCACCAAACAUUAUCCUGAGAACCAGCAAAGCCAGCCCAGUGCCGCUCGGUGCGGAGCACGGGCAGAAGGUGAAGGUACCACCGCCAUCACCCGUCGGCUCUGCUGGAGACACUGCUGCAGAAAAGCAGAAUUCAGGGCAGCACGACCCCAAGGAGAGAGAAAAGGCCCGGCGGGAAGCCCUGGAGAAGCUGGGGCUGCCACAGGACCUGCAGGAGCCCUGCGCCCAGCCCAGCCCUGUGCCACCUCCCUGCAACCAGGGCCAGGCAGCACCGAGCACAGCCCCGGCGGGUCGGGCCAUGAACUUCAAAUCCAACACCCUGGAGCGCUCCGGCGUAGGGCUGGGCAGCUGCAUGGCCAAGGAGCCGGGCGUCAAGGGCAGCGGCUCCCUGGGCAAGAUGUCCUUCAUCGAGCGGCUGGCACCCAGCUUCCUGCGCAGCAGCAGACCGCGGCCCGCGUCCCUCGGGGCAGGGAAGGACUUUACUGCACUGAAGGAGCCCACCGAGGUGGAGAAGAGCAGCAAGAGAAGAUCGAGCCCGCUGCCCAGCUUCCCCCGGCCGACCCGCUCCUGCGUCAGCGUGAAGAUUUCCCCCAAGGGUUCAACAGAGGAGCACCGGCGGGAGGCACUGAGGAAGCUUGGCCUGCUGAAGGAGUAGCGUUGAGCGAGAGCGAGGAGCACAGCCUGCAAGCCUGCGUGGUUCUGCUGGAUGAGCACCUGCUGCUGGGACAGCUCGGGGGGGAAACAUGGGGCCUGCUGCUCGUGGAGUCGCUCAGGACAUCGUGCCUAAUAAAGUAGUGCCACUUGUAUAGGAUGUUUUGUACACAGCCAGCGUGUGGCUGGGGUAUGAUCUGCAGAAUCAUUAAUGCAUUUAGGGGCUGUCACAAAGGGGAAGCUGCAGGUUUGGCUUGCUUUAAAAGGGGCUGCCUAUGGAUGAAGAAAGAGACAAGGUUUGGGUCUCUGUGAUAUUUGUGAUGCUGGUGCCCGAGGGGGAUGGCAGGGUUCUGCUCACAGGAGGAAACAGCUGCUACGUCCAAGCAGGGAAUUUGUUCUGGAAAGGCAAUGGGCUGUGAAAAAUGGACUUACCAGAUAUCUUGCCUUCAGAGCUCUGACCCCUUCACUCAGAGCUCAAUCUCUCCUGUGACGUUUAGGCUGCACUCCCUCUCCCUGGCAAUCAUUUGCACUCAUAAGUCGAGGGCCUGGGUAGCUCAGCGCUGGGUGGGGGCUGGAUGCUGCCCAUCUGCACACCAGGAGCAGCCCCAGCUAGCCCACGUCCCCAUGGAGUCCACACUGCCCCUUUCUGCAGACUAGAAGGAACUUCAGCAGGGCAGAGAGCCUCUUUAAUGAGGGCAGUGGGAUCAGGUGCUGCUGCAGCUGCUGCCUCCUAUCGCUGAGCCCAAAGCCUGUGGCCCAAGCACAGCUGGUGCAGGGAGCUGCAGGGAUUGCUGCUGUUCUUGCAGAGACGUGCUUGCUUCUGUCCUAAAAAUACUCACAUAUUGUGUGCAGAGACCCAGGAAUAGAACAAAGAGAUACUUGGUAGAGCUGUGGUGGGUGCUUGGCUUUCUCGGGGUGUGCAGGAGAAGAGCAAGAGCGGUGCUGCAGGGGUGAUCAUUGGGCUGGAUGAUCUCGGUGGUCUUUUCCAACCUCUGAUUCUGUGAUUCUAAGAACAGAAACAAAGCCCAGGUUCAGCCAGACUCCAACUUUUCUCCUGGGUUCUGGAUUGGGUACCUCUCAAAGCAGAUCCGGUACUUUUAACUCUGGGCAUAAUUUGGUUGAUUUGUGUCUGAAGCAAAAUUACAAAUGAUAAUAAUAAUAAAAUAGCGGUGAAAAGUGAGCAUAAUAUUUACAA